CGCCUGCGCGGGAGGCCAGUAGGCUGGCAACGCGGAGCGGACUGGCCGCCCGUGUCGGGCUGUCAGUGCGCCUGCGCGCGAGCCAAGCACCGCGGUUCUUGAGUGUGCUGUGCCGGGCGCUGAGUGUAGCCAUGGAGAGAGCCGACUCUGAGCGGACCCCCAAACGGCCCCGAACUGAUGGCAGCCCAAGAACCCAGCCGAACACCCCUUCCGCUGUUGCGGCAGAGGUGUCCCCGGCCCCCAAACUCCACCCCGACCACAGGACCUGGGACUCGGAGCAGGUGUGCGACUUUCUAAAGCGCGAUGGCUUCAGAGAUCCGGGACUGCUGGACCGCAUCCGAGAAAAGAAAAUCAUAGGUUCAUUACUGCCCUAUCUUGAUGAGUCUCAUCUUGAAAAUCUUGGAGUGGGUUCCUUGUGGGAGAGAAAGAAGCUGCUUAAUUCUCUCCAGCAAUUGAGUCAAACUCGUGUUCGUGGAGUGAAGGUAAUUAAUGAUCCAAUCCAUGGCCACAUUGAACUCCAUCCUCUCCUCAUCCGAAUCAUCGACACACCUCAAUUUCAGCGGCUUCGCUACAUUAAACAGUUGGGAGGCACUUACUAUGUUUUUCCAGGAGCUUCACACAAUCGAUUUGAGCACAGUCUAGGCGUAGGUUAUCUAGCAGGAUGUCUAGUUCGUGCACUGAGUGAAAAACAACCAGAGCUGCUGAUAAGUGAGCGAGAUAGUCUCUGUGUUCAGAUUGCUGGGCUGUGUCAUGACCUCGGUCAUGGGCCAUUUUCUCAUAUGUUUGAUGGAAGGUUUAUUCCACUUGCUUGCAAAGAUCUGAAAUGGAAGCAUGAACAGGGCUCAGUUGAUAUGUUUGAGCACUUAGUUAAUUCUAAUGGACUCAGAGCUGUCAUGGAACAGUAUGGUCUCGUCCCUGAAGAAGAUAUUUGCUUUAUCAAGGAACUAAUUACAGGACCACCUGAAUCACCAACCAAAGAAUCGUUGUGGGCAUACAAAGGGCGUCCUGUAGAGAAAAGCUUCCUUUAUGAGAUAGUGGCCAAUAAAAGAAAUGGUAUUGAUGUGGACAAAUGGGAUUAUUUUGCCAGGGACUGCCAUCAUCUUGGAAUCCAAAAUAGUUUUGAUCACAAGCGCUUUAUUCAGUUUGCCCGAGUCUGUAAAGUAGAUAAUAGGCUGCACAUUUGUACUAGAGACAAGGAGGUUGGGAAUCUGUAUGACAUGUUUCAUACACGCAUCUGUUUGUACCGUAGAGCUUAUCAACACAAAGUUGGCAACCUCAUUGAUAUAAUGAUUUCAGAGGCUUUCCUCAAAGCAAACCGCUACAUAAAGAUUCCUGGUUCUGAAGGCAACAUGUGUAGCAUUUCUACAGCAAUUGAUGACAUGGAAGCCUUCACUAAGCUAACAGAUAACAUUUUCCUGGAGAUCUUACACUCUACUGAUCCCAAAUUGGAUGCAGCACGAGAGAUUUUGAAAAAAAUUGAAUGCCGUAAUCUGUACAAGUAUGUGGGUGAGACUCAGCCAAGUAAAGGCUCAGAGAUUAAAAGGGAAGACUAUCAAAAACUUCCAGGAGAGAUUGCUGAAGCCAAACCUGAUGUGAUGCAACUAGUUAAACUGAAUGCUGAAGAUUUCAUAGUGGAUGUUGUCAACAUGGAUUAUGGAAUGGAAGACAAGAACCCUAUUGAUAAUGUUUACUUCUAUUGUAAGAGUAAUUUCAACCAACCAAUCACGAUUGCUAAAGAACAGGUUUCACAGUUUUUGCCAGAGAAAUUUAAAGAGCAGCAAAUUCGAGUAUACUGUAAGAAGACAGAUGAAGAGAGUUUGUAUGCAGCACAGCAAUAUUUCGUUAAUUGGUGCGCUAAAAGAGCUUUCAACAAGCCACAGGAUGGCGAUGUCAUAGCCCCACUUAUAACAACACCCCAGAGAGAUGUCCGGAAUUGCCAGAAAUCAGCCCGGAGUCCAGCUAUCCCCCAGGAGACAUCCAAAGCCCGACAACAGCUUUUUAGAGAUGGUUUGAUGUGAAUGUCUGCAAUCAUUUGUUUACAAAUGUCCCUCUCCCCCAACACAAUUAAUUAAUUGAGAGAAUUUAAUCACAGACAUCUACUAAUUUAGUGACAACUAGUGCUUUUUAUUUUAUAUUUCGAAUGUGCACAAAUGCUGAAGCUAAGCAGUUUUUAUUCAAAGGAACAUAAAGGCAUUAGGCAAAUCUUGCUAUCCAUGCUGUGAGAAGUAUUACCUUGCCUAUUUUUAAUAUUAACAAAGCCUUUCUCUUUUAGUACUCUAUUUUCUUAGAAAAACAGUUAUUUUAUGUAUCUGAACUUUUAUGACACGUGAUUGUUUUUUUAGAAAGAAAAUUGGAAAUAAGACGAGGGUGCACAUUGGAAUUUGAAAUUGGGAUUGUCAUGAACAGCCGUGGUUAAAAACAAAAUAUAAAAUCCUAGCCUCCUGAGGAGGUGCCCAUCACUCCGAAUUUGAAGACUACUCUCCUUAAAUGAUGUAAAUGUUAGUGAAAGAUCUUGUCCCCUCAGACUUUGGGAGUAAACAGUAGGAGAUGAGAACCAGGAGUGGGCUCCAACUCUUUGGUGAGAGAUCGGAUUCAUUUAUUCAGAAGAUCUGAGGACUCUAGCCUCCUCUGAAGGGGGGCAUAAAACUACCUUUUAGGAGACUCCUACCCCCAGUGGCAGAGGGAUCCCCCAAACCAGGCUUUCUCUAGGUUACUUGUGGCUCCAGCCCCGGACGGGUGCUUUCCUGAAUGCUCACUGCCCAAGUCCCAAGGGUUUUACCACUGCUUAGCCCAGAGAAGGAGUCUCCCCUCCGACCUGCUCCCUGUGUCUCCCUCAGGAACUGAGCAGAGGCCAGCCCAGGAGCCAUCGUCAGGGCCACUCAGAGCUGGGACGUGGUGCUGGCUCGGUGCGUUUUACGGUUUCAGAGCAAAGGUGGCCUGCCCGUGCCCACGCGUGAUACCCUGGGAAUUCCAGGUUCCCCUUUGUAAAGGGACGUUCUGCACCUCCAGCAGAGGAGUAGGCACCAGUGUGGUUGAGCAGUGCUCCUGUACCGAGGGGCCCCCUCCCCCACAUCCCUAGUCUUGCAGAAAUCACCAAGAGCAGAGUCUGGAGGUAGAGCCGAACCAGUGGUGGCCAGGGGGUCCUGAAGAUGCAAGGCAGUGCAGAAUGGGCACGUGGAGCCCCUAACCUCUUAUGGGCGGGCACUCCCUGUCUCAGUUGGGAGUGGGGAGAAAGUGGGGCUCUGGGCAAGAGUGAGUGGAGGAAGGGGAGAACCCAGCCCCCAGACAGCAGAUUAUCCAGACAUUUAGGAUCGCUGCCACCUUGCACUGUGUCACCAGGUUUUUGUUUUGUUGACACAAAUGAAAAGUAUUUGGAGUGUCUGCCAUUCUGUAUUGUCACCACCCUCCUUCUCCAUCCCUCAGUAGAUAAUCAAGAGCUGACCCUAAUUCACGGGAAAAUAGUUAAAACCCUUCUCUCACACUAUGAUGCCAUGUAGACGGGCUGUGUUCACCUGCGGGUCCAGACAAGCUCAGGUAAAGGCAUCCGUGGUACUGGCUCAUAUCUGUUUUGGCCAAGGUGCCUCUAAAACAUUCAGUGGGAGAACUAUAGGCCUCAGACUUCGUGUACCAGACAUAAGGUCAAGAAUGUAAUGUUUUUCUGCUAAGAUUGUUUUAUUUCUGCAACUCCUCCCUGUAAAUCACUGUGGUUUACUUUGGAAUCUUGUAGUCCCAAAAUUGUAUCAUUGUGCUAUCUGAGAAUCAACUUGAAUCUAUUUUGUUUGCAUAUAACGCAGCCGCACUUUAUGCUCUUUCCAACUGUUUUCAUUAUGAGCACCAUAUGCAAUUUAAAAGUUAGAUUUAUCUUAAGAAACAGCUUCACUGUUUGUCUUAAGAUGGAGACUUUAACAGCUUAGCCUCUCGAAUUACUGAAUGUUACAUAUCACCUUGAGAAUGUAAGUAGAACUGCAAGUUUAAAUGACUAGUUACUUUAUUUGGGUGAGGGAAACAGCUGCAAUAAAGCUUCCUGAAUGUA